CUGAAUUUUGACAUUAUUCAUUGACAAAUUCUGGUCGAUACCAAAAUUAUUUUGUUCGUAGUUUUAUAAAAUAAACGAACAAAAUGGCUUUUACAAUUUGUGGCCCGAAACUAUCCCUGUGUGGACUUGUAUUGAGUGUUUGGGGAAUCAUCCAACUGACUCUCAUGGGCGUAUUUUACCAAAUAAAAGCAGUGGCUCUGCUAGAAGAUCUUCCGCUUGGUGAGGCACACAAUAGUAUCGAAGACUUCGUUGCUGAAGUGGAACUUGGUUACUCAACGAAUGCCCAGAACUGCUGGAUUGCUGCUUUGCUGUAUGUCAUCACAUUACUAGUUUCGGGUCACCAGUUUUGGAUGAAUAACCGCUCUUCAGUUAGCAUGUAAAGUUAAGAAUACACAGUAUAUUAAUUUAUAAAUAGUUCCAUUCCAUUUUCAAAGUGCUAGGAAAUAAUGGCACAUGCCUUUCUAACAUGGCAUAGUUUCUCAAGGAAUAAAAGUGAAUUUAUUUUAUUCUUACCAUGUAUAUUUAAAACACACAAUAUAAGAUUGAGAAAUUAUAAGAAUGCAUUUUAUUGAUGUGUCAUAAACAUGAGUAUGAUUUCUUCAAAUAGAGUAUUAUUUGAUCCAUAAUGUUAUAAAAAUGCUGUAAUUAACUAUAGGUAUGUUGUAAAUUGGUUCUAAUUGUUUUUCUCCAAUAAAUUAUAAAUGUUAUGCUUAGUA